CAAAAUGAUCCUGCAAGUCAUUUAAAGAUCUAUGAUCAGAAAAUAGACCGGUAAAUCGGGAAUAUAUCUGGAAGGCGGCUUAGUCGUUUUAUUUUGCACAAUAUAAAACACUACGCGAAACUUUCAAAGCCUUGUGGAUUCAUGGUUUCCACUUGCCUGGCACAAUCUGUAGCAGGGGGUUGGCACAAAAUCACGCCGACAGUUUACAAACCACUUUCUCAUGCGCACGGGGUCUUUCGGAAAGCGAAAUAGCUGCUUUCCAAUAGUUGUAGAGUUCGAGCAGUUGGGAGCGGAGCAUCCACCCAUGUUUAUAAACACUUUCUCAAGGUGUAAUUUAUCAUCGGAGCAAAACAACGAUGACACGUCGCUGACUGCUAGCAUAAGAUUUAGCAGGGGUAUUCUAAAAAACUUUCCACUUCAGAAAAAGAGAUAACAGUAGCUUUAACGGACGUAAACAAUGACUAUACAGGCUAUCUCUCUGGUGCAUUGAAAAUAAAAUGCAAAUACGUCUCACGAAUAUGCUUUACUAGUAAGUGAAAUGCGUUGUUUGUUUGAGCCAAAUUGGCGCCUGAAACUUCAAUGGGCAAUUGUGAUGACGUAUAAUGUGGGCGCUGUCUUUACAGUUGCCUGUGUAAAAUUCGCGUGUUAAUGUGUAUUAAUGAGUUAAAAACUUGCAUCGCGAUUUUUCGUCUGUUUGCCAUGAAAUAAAAACAAUCGUCAAAAAUGGAUGUUACCUUUACCAGUGACGUAAACUCUAAAAGGAAAGAAAAUAGACUGACAUGGUGUACAGGCGGUGACUCUGAUCAAAGUGUGCGCAACAAAGUUAUGAAUUUGACGUUCAUUCAGUGCAGUAAACAAAGAAACAGACAGGGAAAAAGUCAAAGCCAAAGAGUUAUUGUGAUGAGACUAUGUAAAUAAUAGAUAUAUUCGGUUAUGGUUUGUUAGCAUGUCGAUUAGUUGUCUAAUAUAUGACAAGGCUCAGUAUUUGCACUAACAGCAAACACAUUUGUACUUAAAAAGAAAAACACUGGCGUAGAGCGUUUAGACAUUACUGUUGUUUAAAGAGAGUGUUUACUGAACUAGUGAUAAUUCAGUAAACACAAUCGGAGUCAUUUCCAAGGAUUGCUGUUUUCAACAGAUGUCUGAUAUUGGUUAUUUCAUUCAGUGGAUUUAAAUUAUGACGUCCUCAAUGAUGGUCCCAGUAAUAGAUGUGCAAGGCAACAAUUUUAAGGAGCUUUGGGGAGCAGUAGUGUUAGCCAUUAAAACAUCUUCAUUCAUUGCCCUUGAUACGGAACUGAGUGGCCUUGGAUCAAGAAAAGCUCUUCUAGCAGAAUCCAUUGAAGACAGAUACAAAACCAUAUGUCAUGCAGCUCGCACACGCUCAAUACUUUCACUGGGGAUUGCUUGUUAUAAAGAACUUAACAACAAAGCAGACAACACAUACCUGGUCCAGGUUUACAAUCUAACCCUGCUUUGCUCAGAGGAAUACAUCAUUGAACCCCAAUCAGUGCAGUUCCUUGUGCAACAUGGAUUUGACUUCAACAAGCAAUAUGCCCAAGGCAUUCCCUAUUACAAGGGUAAUGACAAAGGAGGUGAUGCACAUGGGGUAAACAUGCGAUCCUUGUUCAUAGAACUGCUUAGGGCAAAUAAGCCCUUGGUGGUUCAUAACGGUCUGAUAGACAUGGUCUUCUUGUACCAGUGCUUCUAUGCCCAUUUACCUGAGCGCCUGGGUACCUUCACUGCAGAUCUAUCCCAAAUGUUUCCCUCAGGCAUCUAUGACACCAAGUACGCAACUGAGUAUGAGCUGCGGUUUACAGCUUCAUACCUGGAAUAUGCCUAUAAGAAGUGUAAGCUGGAAAAUUCCAGAGCUAUUGAAAUUGGUGGAAAUGGGACUCAUUUGUUCCUGGAGUUUUGUAAAUAUACUGGGAACAUGCAGAGCUACAUAGACUACAGGUCUUGCUUGGACAACCAGAGUCAGGAUGGUGCCCACAGUGUCUGUAUUCAGUUCUCUGCUUAUGGAUGGUGUCCUAAUGGCUCUCAGUGCCCCAUGUCACAUGUCACAGACCUUAUAAUCCAGCAUGAUGAAAAGACCAGAGAAGACAAGAGAAAAAAGAGGAAGCGCAAGAAUAAAAAGAGAGAUUCUCAAGGACAAGCAGAUGCACCCUCUGAAACAUGUGAGUCUCCACAAGGCAAAAGGAAGCACUUGGAAGGCAUGGAGCUUGAGGCAGAGGUGGACCAGCAGGACCAGGCCAGAUCUGAACCCACACCACUAGAACAUGAAGAAAAGACAGCAGAUGGUGCGCAUGCAUUUGAGCCUGGGAAAACAGCCAGCAAGAAUGAAAGUUAUGUAUCUCAGCCACAAGCAUCUUCUGAAGCUCCUGAUAAACCAAAAGAGAAGAAAGUUGAAGGAGGAACCCACAGAGCAGGCUUUGACGCUUUCAUGACAGGCUAUAUUUUUGCUUUUGCCAGAACUCUGACAGCAAAUACAGAGGAAUCCCCCACUGCUCCCCUUAUCCAUGGAUGUCUCAAUAAGCUGUACCUCAGUGGCAAGUCUGUUCCUCUAAAUGUAGCCAAAAGCACCUUCUCCAAGUCUUCAAAGGCCCAUGUGCACAAGAUGGACUAUGUCUGGGGGAAAAAUCACUGCUGUUAAAACUCAAGGCAGUGCAUAAAAACUUUUUUUAGGUUUCUAUUCAGUGUAAAAAAAAAAAAAUCAAUUUUAAUUUUCCUUUUAUUUGGUCUGACAAGGUUUUUUUUUUUUUUUUUUGCCUUCUGACUAAAAGUUAAGGUAAUAUAGACUAUUAGACCAGCAGUUCUCAGGACCCAUAUUCUACAUUGGAUAUCAAGUGAUGACCUAACAAAGUACCAAAAUUGUUUAGCAUACAUACUUAAUAUCAAACAUUAAAAUUAAUAUUACUCAUAAAAGCAUCUUCCUAUGAACUUAAAAAUCUUCUCCAAUUUUGUUCAUAUUUUCUUCUGCUCCAGCAUCUUUACUACUCUAGCUUACUCUUGUAAGACAAAUUGCUUGUGAUGUUCCUCAUUUGUAUGUAGCUUUGGUUAAAAGUGUCUGCUAAAAGCUCAGAUGUAUGCAAAAUUAUUAACAUAAAACAGGCUGAAUAGGAACAUUUAAAAUGUUUAAAUGCAUAAACAGCAGAAGUGUGAUUUACCAGCCCAACACCUGGAACAAACACUGGGCUAAAUAUUGUAUUAAUAUUAGCCAUGAUUCCAAAUGACAGAUUAAUUUACAGCAAAAUACUGUAGUUUGUUUGGACGCACACAGCCUUUGAUAUGGGAAGUGUUUUCUCUUCCCUUUUAAAAAUUGAGAAACCUAUUUAUUUUGCCGCCCUAUUUAUGCAUGAUUUGCAAAUUGUUUACAUUGUUUUUUUCCCAGCUGUUCAUGACCCUUUCAGAACAGACUUGCAACCCCACUUUUGGGUUGCAAUCAACCAGAUGUGAUGCACUGCAUCAGUCCAAAAAAGCAUUACAUUGAAAAGAUAAGUAGUUUCAUGAAAGACCCAUAAAAAAAAAAUUAAAAAAAAUCACAUUUUCUCAAAAAAAAAUAAAAAAUAAAAAUAAUAAUCUCUUACAGUAAGGCACUUUGAAUGCAAGUGAAUGGGCCAAUCUGUAAACGCUGAAGUAAACAUCGUUUCAAAAGUUCAGUCACAACAUGAUAUUAGUGUGAUAAAAAUGCUGAUAAACCCAUGAAGUGAUUUUAUAGUGCUAAAAUCAUGUAGAAUAGAGAUUUUAUCAAACUAAAGUCACGUUAGCAUGUAUGUUUACUUCUUGUGGCUAUAAUUUUGAAACGGUGAGUAUUUUAACGUUUAUGUACUGGCCCCAUUCACUUCCAUUGUAAGUAUAUUACUGUAAUUGAUUUUUAAGAAUCGAGGGGCAGGUCAAAAAUAUUUUUUUGUGGUAAUCAACAUUAUGCUACAAAUGCAGCUGGCUGAAAACUUGUAUUAAACAUGGAACAUUCCUUUGAAACCAUCAUCAGUCUUGUUUUUUAUGGCUCUUUCAUGGUCCAACUUAUAUUUCAAAAUAAUGCGUCUCUGGUCUAAUGCAGUGGAUCUCAACUGGUGGGUUGCAACCCAAAAGUGGGUCACAGGGCUGUUCUGAAAAGGUCAUGCCCUUCCAAUUGCACGCCAUAUUGACGCCCUAGGCGAGAUGCCUAUUGGCACACCCAUCGGGGGGUGGGAAGCUGAGGGGGGCGUUGCGACGG